ACUGUCUCCAAUAAAAACGUAAUGACGCUCAGGGAAAAACAAACUUUACUAGAUAUACUGGAGGUGCUGACAGUGAAGCUUGGGGAGAUGUUGAAUAAACCAUGCCGAUUUAAAGAAGAAGAGCUAGAUUCUGAAGAACUAGAGUUCCAGUGUCAACCGAGAAUAGACUCGUCAAGGGAUGAGUCAGAAGAAGUUGUGUGUUCAAAGAUCAAAGAGCAUAAUGAAAGUAGUGGAGAUCACUUGUCUGAAGAACCAUUGUCAGAACUAGGAUUUUUCACUACUGAUGAAGAGAUAUUAUCUAAAUAUCUAGUCUUCACAGAGAUACCAGGGCAGUCAUACAUGUCAGGCUGUUCUGAAGGUUAUACCGUUGAAGAAGAUAAAUGUAGUAGGUUUGGGUUAGGCAGUAGUGCGCUUUCAGAACCCAGCACAGAUUUUAAACCUCCUCAAUUAAACUUUGACCUUGAUGAAAAAGCACGCCAUAGCAGUUUGACUAAAGAGACAUCUGAAGAGACCAAGGUGGAAGCAGAGGCCUUCAUUUCAUUUUUGUCGGAUGGCUCCCCACUGAAAAACAAAAUAAGUGACUAUCAUGAUGUAAAGGAUGAUGAGAGAGCUUGUUUAGUAGAGAGAUGUGUGAAGCUAACUGAGCAGCUCCACAAAAAAGAGUCAGCCUUGAAGACAUCUCAUCAGAAGACCCAAGAAGCUGUUGAAAAAUGGAAAAAAAUAACAGCUGAGCUCUCUGAUAUUAAUGUGGAACUGAAUAAAGAACGUGAAGAACGGCUAUGUUGUGAAGAACAGCUUCUUCAGAAAACAGAGAAGGAGAAAGAACUUGAAAAGAAAAUAAACCUCCUAGUAAAGCAACAGGAUGAGGAUGGAAGCCAAUGUGACUGUGCUGUAGAACCUUUAGCAGAAGCAUCUAAAUCCUCUACCUGGCAACAAAAGGUAAAAGACCUCCAGGAGGAAAAAGAAAUGUUGACGAUGCAGCUGCGAACUCAGGAGCAGUUAGUGAAAGAAGUUCAAAAGCAGAAAACAGCUUCUGAUUCUGUAACAAGUUAAGUACAGUCUCUUUUUGGACGCCA